CUAUAAUUUUGUUUUACUAAUCUUGUAAUUUAUUUUUCAGAUGCGUAUGGCUCCGCUUGGUCUAGAUAACCUGAUAGUAGUAAAUGAUGAGGCCCGCCACUUCGCUUAUGAAGUUUCUAGGCGAGGUGGGGGAGGUGUUGACAGCAAACAGGAGGGAGGACCAGCAAGUCAAGGUCCAAAGGAGCGCAAGUGGAAGGUUGGAGAACUGGAGUUUGAAGCUCUCAUGAGAUCCCUUGAUAAUGCUGGGCUUAGAACAGGAUACAUCUACCGACGGCCUCUGCUUAAACAAGAAACUGCUAGGCUACAAAGUGAUGUUGCACUUCCACCAACAGCCUCCAAUUACACACACCUAUUUGAUGAGGAUGACAUAACAAGGAGGUAUGCUUAGAUUCUAAUGUUUGUU